CCAAUCAAAUCGCGGUACUGGCAGCCGUGCCCCCCCAGUGGGCGGACUUAGUGUGUCUUAAUUCGUCCUUGUUCACGUGAUCGUGGAGCAGCCGGUUUCUCUUGUCUGUGCCUCCUACCAGGAGCCCGUGCCUACCGUGGCUCUUUUGAGCCGGAAGUUAUUUCUGGCGUUGCCUAGUUUCUGCCCAUUCCAUGUGGUCUGGCGAAGGGUAGCUAGGGCGGGGUAUUGUUUCUUCUCCGCUACCACCACCAGCUCCCUUCUCAGUCGCGCAGGAUGAAGGUGAAAGUGUUGAGCCGGAAUCCGGAUGAUUAUGUGCGCGAGACCAAGCUGGACCUUCAACGGGUUCCACGGAAUUAUGAUCCUGCACUGCAUCCCUUUGAGGUUCCACGGGAAUAUACACGGGCUCUAAAUGCAACAAAAUUAGACCGUGUAUUUGCAAAGCCUUUUGUUGCAUCAUUAGAUGGUCAUAGGGAUGGUAUUAACUGCAUUGCUAAGCAUCCACAGAGCUUGUCCACAGUUUUGUCUGGAGCAUGUGAUGGAGAGGUUAGAAUUUGGAACUUGAUGAAGCAUGAAUGCACCCGCACAGUGCUAGCACAUGAGGGCUUUGUGAGAGGAAUGUGUACCCGUUUCUGUGGUACGUCUUUCUUCACUGUUGGUGAUGAUAAAACAGUGAAGCACUGGAAAAUGGAGAGGCCAGGUUAUGGUGAAGCAGAAGAACCAAUAAAUACAAUUCUUGGAAAGACUGUGUACACUGGAAUUGAUCACCAUUGGAAGGAUCCUGUGUUUGCUACUUGUGGUCAUCAGGUUGAUAUUUGGGAUGAACAGAGAACCAGUCCUUUAUGCUCUUUGACGUGGGGAGUCGAUAGCAUCAGCAGUGUUAAAUUCAAUCCAAUUGAGAUGUACCUUUUGGGAAGCUGUGCAUCAGACAGGAAUAUUGUAUUGUAUGACAUGAGACAAUCAACUGCACUGAAGAAGGUUAUCUUGGAUAUGAGAACAAAUACACUUUGCUGGAAUCCCAUGGAGGCUUUUAUUUUCACUGCUGCAAAUGAGGACUACAACCUCUAUACUUUUGAUAUGCGAUUUCUUGACAAGCCUUUAAUGGUUCAUAUGGAUCAUGUGUCUGCAGUCCUUGAUGUAGAUUACUCUCCUACUGGGAAAGAAUUUGUAUCAGCCAGCUUUGAUAAAUCUGUUCGCAUUUUUCCUGUAGACAAAGGUCACAGCAGAGAAGUCUAUCACACAAAGCGAAUGCAGCAUGUUAUUACUGUUAAGUGGACAUCUGACAACAAGUAUAUCUUGUGUGGCUCUGAUGAAAUGAACAUUCGUUUGUGGAAAGCGAAUGCUUCUGAAAAGCUGGGUGUGCUUACUCCUCGGGAAAAAGCAGCUAUAAACUACAACCAAAAAUUGAAAGAAAAAUUCCAGCACCACCCCCAGAUCAAACGUAUAAGUCGCCAUCGUCACUUGCCAAAGAUCAUCUACAGCCAGGCCAAGGAGCAACGAAUCAUGAGAGAAGCUCGUCGGCGAAAGGAAAUGAACCGCCGGAAACAUAGCAAGCCUGGAUCUGUACCGGUUGUGUCAGAGAAGAAGAAACACAUUGUGGCUGUAGUGAAAUAAUGGUUCAUACAAAUUACUUAUUUUAGUGUUUGAAUUGUUAAAGACAAUUUGCAUACUCUUGUGUUAUAGGAUACAAUUCCAGCACUUUUACUUUUUAAAUAUCACUGUUGCCAUUGUGAAAUUUAGUAAUCUGUGGAUAUUGUAUUAACAGGCAGUUGUAAAAAUUCAUAUCCAGAUCUGCUAUUGAUAUGAUUGAAUUUAAUUUUGUGACCUCCAGUUGUAUUUCUUUCUGUUGUACCUCUGUCAGUCAAAUUUUAUGUCAUCUGAAAAAGAUUGUUGUAUGCACUGCCAAAAAAAAAACAACUUCAAUAUGUGACAAGCAGCUUUUCCCCUUAGUGUAGAAUUUAUAAGCAUUCGGGUUGUAAUUUCUAAAACCUGUGAAGUAUUCUUAUUAAAUAAUUUGGCAAACCAAUCUCUGAAGCAUUAGGACACUGUUGAAAAGAAAACAGACCAUGUUUUCUUACUCCAGCCACCAAAAUCAUAGGACAGUUUCAAUAUGUAACAUUAAAAUGAAGAUUUGUGUUGAAUACAUUGUAGCUGCCUCAUGUAAAGCUUGAAAUAGUUUGUAAAACUGUGGAACAGAAAAAUAUACAUAACAAUUUUGAAUGUGA